GCCUGGUAUAAGCUAUAACGGAUGCAAUUUAGUGGCAGUUGCUCUGUUCACUUGUGCUUUCUGUUAACAGGAAGUGCAAAUCAUUACUGCGAUUUCGCAACAACAUCCAUCCGAACAGGUCUUUCUCCAAAUAAUUAAUGUCAACUGCACCAUGAAUUCCAUUUUCUCGUAUUUCGGUUUGCUCGUUGUUCUGCUACUACUGCACAAUACUUUCAGUUAUGGAUACACUGACAGCAAAAACGGCCGGUUUUCAGCACUAGUUCCGGAAGAGUUCCCAGUCUUUUCCACGGAGCCAAUGACGCGUGACCAGUGUGGGAUGCAGUUCACCGCCAACUGUCAGCCGAACUAUACUGACAACUUUUACACGACGGCUAACUGCACGAUGUACCAGGGCUUGGCACUGAACUGCAACGCCAGCGCUAAUGCCUCGGAAAUUCAGCAACUGGCUGUGUCCCUGUCAAAGCCUCCACUGCGAGCUAUCGACUUGACCCUGUACGACAGCGACGAAGUGACUUUUAACACGGUGGCACCUGUAAGAAAGUUAAUCGUUUCAUUCGAAUAUUACAAUUGCACCUCUGCUCGGGCAACGGGUAAACUGUACGACUUGCGCCUGGCUAACUUAUUGGAUUUUACAACAUAUAACUGCUACGGUUUAGUGGUUAAAAAAGCGGAUUUCUGGCAGUCACUCCGAAUCAGAAUGAUUCAAUUUGCCAACUCCACAUUGCAAUAUCUGGAAAAGGGCACCUUUACUGACUUGCCAGGAUUGCGGUUGUUGUCAAUGGAGUAUUACUUGUACCAGAUGGAGGUGUUUAACGAUGAACUCCGAGAUUAUCUGAAGCGGUUGCAUUGUGGAUGUGAUUAUGCAUGGCUGCGACAAUUUCUCAGUACAGAGAGACUGUUAAGAAAUGUUAGCGAGAGCGAUACGUACGCUAUCCGCACGAACUCUCAUUACAACAUAGCCGCGGUGAAAAGGGAACUUUAUCUUCCUUUUGAUUGCGCUGCUGAUCCUUUUCCACUUGGCAACAACUCUAUUGAUUUCACCCAAGAAAGAUUUUCGAUAAACGACGAUCCAUAUGUGAAUAAGUGGCGCGACGGAUGCAAGAAGGGGAAUUUUGAGAAUGAAGAUUUUCCUGACUUUUCCCUGGGGAUAAUGACCCCGGAAGAAUGCGCUUUGCAGGCCGAAUGUCUUUGUUUGCCCAACGACAUUCCUUAUGCGAACUGUACCGCGUCACCGGAUGCCGGGUUAUAUCAGAUUGUGGGUGCCGACUGCAACAACGAAAGUAGUGUACAUCAUAUAAGGCGAGUAGUGAUUGCCAUAGCCAAGCUUCCGCUGCGUGCGGUUGGUCUUGAACUCCUCGGUAAGACACCGGUCACAUUUGCCGACAUUGCUCCAGUCCGGCGUCAAAUCGUCCAAUAUAGUUUCAAGAACUGCACAGGUAAACGUGACAACGAUAAGCUUAGGCAGCUCAUGCUUCCAAAUCUCCUGGAGUACAAUACGUGGCACUGUGCGGACCUUGUGGUGAAAAAGGCGGAUUUCCAGUAUUCAGCGAAACUGAGAGAUAUCACGUUCUAUAAUACGACCAUCCGUGCACUGGACGGGAACGCUUUCGCCAGUCUGCCUGACUUACGCGUCCUUUCGAUAGAAUUCGAUAUGACAGAUGUGCCAUUAGAUGGAAGAAUUCGAGAUUAUUUGUUUAGACUGCACUGCAGUUGUGAGUUUGCCGGAUUUCGUCGAUGGUGGAGCAAUAAUACGGCUUUACUGCGUUCCGCCGAGGAUGGAGAAGUGUUCAGUCCAGCCGGGUCAUGGAGCAGCACCUAUGAAAGACCCUGGCGGUUAUAUCUGCCGGUUGAUUGCGUGAAAGUCAAGUCGGAGAACGGUUUUGUCGACUUCAAUGCAACAAGCUUCUCGCUGCACGAACCUGAUUGCGAAUAAAUAUGGCAAUCGUGAAGUGACGAUGUAAAGAUACAGCAAUGUCGACAACAACGAUGCUAUCAUAUAAUAUAUUCAUUUAGACCCAGCUGCUGCCUUUUCACAUCUCGCCGGUGGUAGAAACGUUCGAUCUACUGUAGCUUUUGUCAGGUCUGGCAUUUUUUUGCAAUUUGAGAUUUGAAAUGAAAUCUGAUUAAAUUGCUAUAAUCCUGAAAUUUACACACAGUGCAUUAACAUGCAAACUUUAAAGCUCUGUCCAUAAAACAACUUUUGGCGCAUUGAAUCUCAGUUAAU